CGAAAGAUACGAAAGUUAAUUCGUUUUGAAUUCGGAGAGAUAAUAUAGAUAAUUAACUAAUAAUAAUUUCAAGAUAACAAUCAAACAAUGAUGGAAUUCGAAAUACACAGAGCAAACCGGAAAGUAACGAAGAUUUAUACACGUAGGCGUGUUCAUUUUGCAGUGUGGGUAGACACCAUCUUCCAAUAUAUGUAUACGCAUAAACAUGCGCGCAUCACAAGCGUAGGAGUAAGCGUAAGCUUCACACGCGUAGGAUCGUCGAAAGAGCCUUGACCGUUUCCAAAUGCCUCCAGGAGCGGAGCUGCUACUACCUGCCCAGACUAAGAGCUAUAUCGUGACGUUAAUAUCAAGUCUUUUCUUGGCAAGACGCGAUUAAUGUUAAUUUUCAUCGAACAGGGACUAGGCCAUGGCCAAGAAGAGGUGAUCUCCGUUUUUUUACAAAUUCAAAAAUGGCUAGAAUGCUGAAAUUUCUUCAGACAAUAAGAAAUAAUUGGAAAAAAUCGACAUUUGGUGCUGUUGCAUUAUCAUAUGGAGUCUCAUACAGUAAAGAAUCAUAUGACACCCAACAGUUGAUGAGACAAUAUUGUGAAGAUAUAGUAAAAUAUGGAGAUGAACCUUGUCCUACAACCAUGAAACCUCGUCAUGUUACAGUUAUAUUAAAUCCUGCUGCUAAAAACAGAAAAGCGACAAAAUUAUUUAAAGAUUACUGCGAGCCAUUAUUACAUUUAGCUGGAAUUGCAGUAACAAUUGUGCAAACGGAAUCAACAAGUCAUACGCGUAGUGUAGUGGAGAAUUUAGAUACUCCAACUGAUGCUAUAAUUGUAGCAGGAGGAGAUGGUACUUUAUCUGACGUUAUAACUGGUAUAAUGAGAAGAUACAAACACAAUCUUCAUUCUGUCAAACAAUGUCCAAUUGGUGUUUUACCAUUAGGAGAAACAAAUACUGUUUCUUGUGCUUUAAAUCCUUGGCGCUUUGAUGAUUUACUUGAAGUACGUGAAAUGACAGAGGCUACAAUGACUAUUAUAAAAGGCAAUCAUAAGUUUAUAGAUAUUAUUGAAGUUUAUUCACUUAAAGAAAAUCCUGAAAAUGAAUUAAAACCAGUUUAUGCAGCUGGAACAAUAGAAUGGGGUGCUUGGCAAGAUGCAUAUAUACAAAGAAAUAAGUAUUUGCUUGGAAAAACUUUAAGAAAAUAUGCAACUUACAUAUUUAAUGGUUACAAAGAUAAUUUAAAUUGGAAUUGCAAUGGAUUGUUAAGAUAUACUAAACCUUGUACAGGUUGCUCACAUUGUUAUAAAAAUUCAAAUAUUGAUCAAUCUACACAUACAAAUAAAAGAUGGUGGCAUGCAUUUGUGCCAAAAAAAGCAACAUUUACAUCAGACAUGGUAAUUGACUACAGCAAAAUAACAAAUGAAAAUUGUGGCGUUUUUUAUGAAAUUCCUAUUUCAACAACUGAUUUAUAUAUAAAAACUUCAACUAUAGAUAACGCCGAACUUCACAACCAUUCUUCGUUAAAAAUACAAUUAGGUCCAAAAGAUAUAGAUUAUAUAUCAUUUGUUAAUGAAGGUUGGAGGAGAAUAAAUGGAAGUAGAACCUUAAUAAAUUCCUCAUUUGAAGCAAAGGAUAUUGAAUUGUAUCCUGAAAAGAAUGAUGAACGAGUAUUUUAUAUUGAUAACGAAGAAUUCGAAUUAACGGCAAUUAGAAUGAAAUUACUUCCGCAAUGUAUAAAAAUAUUUUGUUCUGAUAAGAAAAAUAUCAAUACACUAAAUAGAUAAUACUGCUAAUAUAAA